AGCUAGGAGCAAAAAGUCAAAACUACUUACGAAUGAAAGAAAAGUGAUUUCGGUGAGAAAAAUUAAAGUCUUUUCAUGUGAUUUUUGUGAAUUUGUGUUUGUGCAAAAUUCAUUGUAGACUGUGUUUGUUUAGUAUUUUUGGAGAAAAGUUCCCAAAAAAACGUACCGCUUGGUAGUAAUAUGAGUAAUGUUACCAACCAAAAUGGAACAGGUCUAGAGCAGCAGCUUGCUGGUCUGGACUUGCAGCCUCAGGCUUCUAGGAGUGCUGGCCGCUACAUCCCCCCGCAUCUGCGUAGGCAGUUGCAGGCCAACAACUCUCAAGGAGAGGAGUCUAAGCGUCCAAGCUUAGACGCUCGUCCUAACGAUACACGGGACAACCGUUCAUCAUUGGGAAACAACUCUAGAGGAUACGACCGUGGUGGUCGGCGCGACGACCGCGACCGUGACCGCGAGCGUGACUACGAUCGCGGCUACGACUCGCGAUAUCCGCGCAGGGACCGCGGUGACAAACGAGCAUGCGGCUCACCUGAUGGUCGUGAUUCGUCGUACCAAAAUGGAGACUCGGAACGCUGGGCCGAGCCCGGCUGGACAGACCGCUCUAAAGGAUCGGGCGGCCGCGAGCGGGAGUCGCGCGACGUUCGCCGCGAUGAGGAAGCGGAGCCGCCACAGCCGCGCAACGACCGGUGGAAGGAGCUCGAGCCGCGCACAGAAGAGCGCAACUCGCGUUGGGCUUCCGAUGAUGUUCGCCGCACAAGCUCCCGCAGGGACGAGAACGACUGGACGGUCCCGCUACCUCGCGACGAGCGGCAGGAGUUGGAGUUGUUUGGCACUGGCAACACAGGCAUUAAUUUCUCCAAAUACGAGGAUAUACCGGUUGAGGCCAGCGGCGACCGAGUACCGGACUACAUUACAAGCUUUGAGGAUGUUAACCUGACGGAAAUAAUGCGUUCGAACAUAGCCCUCGCACGUUAUGACAAGCCGACGCCGGUGCAGAAGUAUGCGAUCCCGAUAGUGCUGGGCAGGCGUGACGUGAUGGCCUGCGCGCAGACUGGCUCCGGCAAGACGGCUGCUUUCCUAGUGCCCAUACUCAAUCAGAUGUAUGAGGCAGGGCCCGUGAAGCAAACUAGGCCCUACCACAGACCUAAACAAUACCCCCUGGGUUUGGUGCUAGCUCCGACGCGCGAGCUCGCCACUCAGAUUUAUGAUGAAGCUAGAAAAUUCGCCUACCGCUCCCGUGUACGUCCAUGUGUUGUAUACGGUGGAUCCCCGAUCCACGAGCAGUUCCGCGAGCUGGAGCGCGGCUGCCACCUGCUGGUGGCGACCCCGGGCCGCCUAGUGGACAUGCUGGCGCGCGGCCGCGUCGGGCUCGACCACUGCCGCCACCUCGUGCUCGACGAGGCCGACCGCAUGCUCGACAUGGGCUUCGAGCCCCAGAUUCGGAAGAUCGUCGAGUGCCACACCAUGCCCAAGACGGGCGAACGCCAGACACUCAUGUUCUCUGCUACCUUCCCCAAGCAGAUCCAAGUGCUGGCCCAAGAUUUCUUGUUUAACUACGUGUUUCUUGCCGUUGGUCGUGUUGGCUCCACUUCAGAGAAUAUUACGCAGAAGGUGGUAUGGGUUGAGGAAUCUGAUAAGCGCUCAUUCCUAUUGGAUUUGCUGAAUGCCUCUAACCUGCUACAGACUGCUCGUCCUGAAGAGGAUCAGUUGAUCCUUGUUUUCGUAGAAACUAAAAAAGGCGCGGAUCAGUUGGAGGAGUACCUGGACAUGCAAGGCUAUCCGGUCACAUCCAUCCACGGCGACCGCACGCAGCGCGAGCGCGAGGAGGCGCUGAGACGAUUCCGUACCGGACAGACGCCCAUACUGGUCGCCACCGCUGUCGCCGCUAGAGGACUGGAUAUUCCUCAUGUGCGUCAUGUAAUCAACUUCGACUUGCCCUCCGACGUGGAGGAGUACGUGCACCGUAUCGGACGUACCGGCCGUAUGGGCAACCUCGGGGUGGCUACUUCAUUCUUCAAUGACACCAAUCGCGGCCUCGCUCGGGAUCUGGUCGAGCUAUUAGUGGAAGCUAAACAGGAUGUUCCUAACUGGCUGACGAGCACAGCGGCAGAUGGGCGACUGGGUGGCGGAGGACGGCGAGCCGGAAGUCGCUCGGGCGGCGGACGCUUCGGAGGCGGCGGCAGCGGCUUCGGAGCACGAGACUUCCGCACACAGCCCAGACAGCCGCCGCGCUCCGCCGGACCCUCAUCUAUGGGAUCCGGAUUUGGAUAUAGCGGCGGCGGCGGUUCAUAUGGCGGCAACUAUGGCGGCUCGUACGGCGGCGGCGGCUCCAGCGGCGGCGGCGGCGGCCCCGACUGGUGGGACUCGUAAGCGCCCACAUCGCACCGCCACCGCCCGACCGCUCCCAUCCCGCACUAACUACCCACACCCCGAUGUAGUGUCGACGCAGCUGACGACUAUAUAUCUAGAAAUACAAGCGGAAAACAAGUUUUCGCAACGUCUCAAAAUUACAAUAUUUGAGUUAUUUAGUUCUCUACCAAUACUUACCAUAUAUGUCGAGAUCAAACCUUAGAGGUGAUUGUCAUGAAGUAGUCUGUCGUUUCGUGAAAUGGUCGAUUUAUUUUCCAUGAAAUAUUAACUACACUGUAUUGACAUUUUAGCAAUAUCUUGUCUCAUAAAAACGUACAAUUUCAAUUAAUAUUUCGAAGUAUCUAUUAUAGUUUAACUAUCGGAAUUAUUUUUUUUUUGUCUCCGGAGCAUACAGUACAUGGUUACAUGCUAAUAUGUUUUAAAUUUUUAUCAACAACAAUAUCUUAUAUGGCUUGGCCAAAUCAAUGAAACAACUAAAAAGUAUAACUUUUUAAUAAUAAAGUCAAACACUUUCACUGUCCCUAACUAAAUGCCU